UGUGAUCGAGUACGUAAACAAAUCGCAGCCAACAUGGCAGCGCCGACAGAUGCUCGCGCACCGUUAGUUGCCCCAGAAAAACAGGAUUCUACGGUUCUUGAUUUCACCGAUGUUGCUUCCCCAGACUUCCACAAUGAGAAGUUCUAUUCAGCGGAAAAACCUGCUCCAACUCAGCCGAGCCAAGACGUGUUUUCGGCUAUGCCCUCCAUGCUCCUGUGGCAGGCUGGAAAGCAGCAGGCGCAAAACGCUUUCAGCAUCUAUGCCAACAUAGAUCUGCUGAGGCCGUACUUUCACGUCGAGCCGCAGGAGGUUCGGGCCAGAAUCUUGGAGUCUUUCCUUCCUCGCUGGCCAUCACACUACGCACCACUGUUGAUUCCGGCUGAGCUUUAUGGACCUCUGAUGCUGGUUUUGACAUUGAUAACGUUGCUUCUCUUUGGAAUGAAGACAUCUGGUCAUACUGUAAAAGAAGGCACCCUUAUGGGAACUGCAUUCGGUGUAAGCUUCGGCUACUGGCUCGGAGGCUCGGCACUAGUCCGUGCUGCUGGUUACAUCAGCAGCACACAGCUGUCCUUCUUCCAGGUUCUAUCGCUGAUGGGCUACGGACUAUCUGGCCAUUGCUUGGCUCUGCUGCUAGGGAACACGUUCCAUCCUGCGCACUCCCACCUCUUUUUCUACGUUGUGUGGUUGCUGCUUGGUGGUUCUACCGCAGUCAAGCUGAUAUCGGUCUUUUCGGCCAAGACCGCAAGUGCAUCGCACAAAACUGUAGCAGCAGGAACUGCCGGUGCACUCCAUCUUCUCGCUCUACUCUACUUUCAUUUCGCAUAUCACAGGACUGUUGAAGUGCUCGAGAAUAUUUGAAGGAUGCUGCUUGGAACAACACUUAAAGAGAUUUUUUUCGGAUGCUCGUUUAAUAUACAGACUCAUGAUUAUAUCAACCUGUCUUGUUG